AUGCGCCGACCUUUCUUACUCUGUCGUGUCAUCCCAACAGACUGGAACGGAGCAGGCUAUGGCGACAAGGUGGAUACUUUUGACCCUGACAGCUGCAGGGGCGACACCUCUCCCCCCACCAACUGGUCGGGCCCACAGAAGCCGCAAACGCACCGACAACCGGACAAGCACCCGUGCCGCUUCUGUCCUCACUCAAGCUCUUCCGCAGGAAAUCUCGCCAUCCACGAGAGGACUCACACUGGCAAGAGGCCCUUCAGUUGCGGUGUUUGCGAGAAAACGUUUGCGCGUACGGAUUGCUUGACAGCUCAUGUUAGAAUUCACACCGGAGAGAAGCCGUUCAAGUGCAACACGUGCAGCAGGGCGUUUAGUCAUAAAUGCAGCUUGGCGGAUCACGAAAGAAUUCAUACAGGAGAGAAGCCGUACAGCUGCAACACGUGCAGCAGGACAUUUAUUCAGAGAAGCAGUUUGGCGGUUCAUAAGAGGACUCACACAGGAGAAAAGCCGUACAGGUGCGAGACCUGCGGUAGAUCGUUUGCGGCUAAUAGCGGUUUACACCAACAUCGGAAGAUACAUCGCAAGGGAUCGAAACAGUAA